GCUCGCGGUGCAUGUUGGGACUUUAUGUAAAACCAACAUGGCGGCCGCCUGCGCCAGAACGCUUUGUAAGGUCGGCUGGAAUAUUUUGGAGUCUCCGGUCGCCCGCCGGUCCGGUACCGUCUCCUAUUUGGUGGGCAAUGUCGGCGCACACGGGUCCAGGAGGGCGUACGGCACCGGCGGGACCGGGGUCCGCUCCAAACUGCUAUCCUCUCUGCGGGGAGGAGGAGGCAGGGUGCUCGGCUGUGCCUUUCUGCUUGGUGGAGGUGUGGGUUUAUAUCAGACUGUGAAGUACAGUGUCCAGCAGCACCUGGCCGAGGAAGAGAGCAAGGUUCCAGGAGGAGAUCUGAAGUUGACUCUAUACCAGUACAAGACUUGCCCCUUCUGCAGCAAGGUGCGAGCGUUUCUGGACUACCACGGGCUGCCGUAUGAGAUCGUGGAGGUGAACCCAGUGAUGAGGCAGGAGAUCAAGUGGUCGACCUACAGAAAGGUUCCCAUCCUGAUGGUGGAUGGCGACGUGCAAGUGAAUGACUCGUCUGUCAUCAUCAGCAGCCUCAAGACAUAUUUAAUCUGCAAUAACAAAAGUGUCACUGACAUCCUUCGCUGCUACCCGGAGUUGAAGUCGGUGAACAGCAGUGGAAAGGAGGUGACUGAGUACUCCAACAAGUACUGGUUGAUGCUGAGCGAGGCCGAGGCCACGGUGGUUUACCCCGAGAAGGGAAUGCAAAAAGAGGAGAGGAAGUGGCGAGAGUGGGCCGAUGACUGGCUUGUGCAUCUUAUAUCUCCCAACGUGUACCGAACCCCCACCGAGGCCCUGGCCGCCUUCGACUACAUCGUACGUGAGGGCAAGUUUGGUACUUACGAAGGUUUCUUUGCUAAAUAUGUCGGAGCGACGGCCAUGUAUCUCAUCUCCAAAAGGCUGAAAAGUCGACACAACCUGCAGGACGACGUCAGACAGGAUCUCUACAAAGCUGUCAAUGAGUGGGUGGCAGCCAUCGGCAAGAAGAGGAAGUUCAUGGGUGGAGAUCAACCCAAUCUGGCAGACCUGGCAGUGUAUGGCGUUCUCAGAGUGAUGGAGGGCCUGCAGUCAUUUGACGACAUGAUGGCGAACUCCAAGGUCAAAAACUGGUACAGACGCGUGGAGAGGGCGUCGCUCAACCACGAGGGCCGCAAGUGAGUCGGGCGUGAAGGAGACUACAGAACACGUUCAGCCUCAAAAUGACUGAACAGUGAAACCCCCAGAAAGACAGUGACCCACAGCAUCAGGAGACAAGAAGUCCUGAUUGUGUAGUGGCUAUUUCAGUUUGAGAACGGUUAUUACUGCCCAGAUUGAUUUCCUGCCACACUAUGAGUUUAAACCUGCUGAUGUGUAUGAACAAGUUAACUGUAGACAUUUAUGUAGAGAAACAGAUUACACACAUGAAGAUACUGUUGUCAUAUAUCAAACUGUCUAUUUAAUGAUCAAGCUGCUUCGUGGAGGAACCAUCAAGUCUGCUCCUUAUUUAAGAGUGUUUUACUAACCUCUGCUGGUUAAGUGUGGUAACUGCAACGAUAUCAUUUUGAAACAUUCUUGACCAAGACAGCAAAAUCACUUUUUCACAUUUUGGGGAGGUGAAAAUAUAUUUUCCCCUUUAAUAGUUAAAUAUCCUUGGAAACAAAUUUCAGGCCUUGAAUUGGUGUCUCAAAAGUAAAAAAAAAAAAAUGUUCAUCAGAAAUAUUUUGCAGUCCCCAUCAUGAUCAAAUAAUGUACUUUUGAAGCUGCUCAUAUUUCACAUACAGUACUAUAUAUUGUUUUGUGUAAAAAUCUAGACUGACACAGUCAACUUCUGUGGUUUUCAACCAAAGAUCGUAGGCUUCAACAAGGACUUCCAAUUGUAUUGUAACUGUGAAAAAUAACUUGUGUAUUUUUUCUCAUAAAUUUGUCAGUUCUAGUUCUCAAUUUUAAAUGGGUACAACUGAAAAGAGAAACAUUCGGAAGUAAAAGUUAAAUAUAAUUUAAAUUACAUUUAAGGGCAGACGUGUUUCCCUAGGGAAAAAAACCCUGCUCCUUUUUGAUUUUCUUCUAGGUUCAGUAAUUUCUGUGUAAACUUGUAAAUGAAACCAUGAGAUCAGGUUCAGGUUGAGAUCUGUGGCAUCUUGGUCUCUGCAUGUAACUGAUCAAGGAUCCGUCUGGCAGCAAGAAAUCGAUUGCUUAUCGCCUGUCGUUCUCUUUGGGGUAAAAGGAAUUAAAUUGUUAAGAGCUGGUGAGCUGCCAGUUUGAAUGUUCUUAAUAUGCAAACUGCAGAUCAAUUUCUGAAUUAAUUGUGUUAAAAUUAACUCAAUGUGCAUAGUUGUAAAAAGGUAAAAUAAAAAGGAAACCUGGAGUUGA